AGCCCAUUGCGCCCUGUCACUGCUGAUCCCUCUGUGCUUGUUUUCAGUGGAGCGCAAUGGGAUGGGGCUUCGGUGUCGACUCUACUGUGACCAAUGAACGCGCCGCUGCCGCAUCUGUCAAGCGCUUCCGACCAAUCGACAGCGGCGCGAGGCGGAUCUCAGGUGCGCGCCUCUGCGUCCUCGCGGCUCUGGCGCGCUGGGGAGCCGCCUGUGGCACAGAGUAGCUGUGGAAACUAUGGCGACCGCGGCGUCCAACCACUACAGCAUCCUCACGUCCAGCUCGGAGCCCGGCAGCAUGCAGCAGACGCCGCCGCCGCCGCAGGCCUACAGAGACGCGCACAGCCUUCUGCAGAGCGAGUACACCACCCUGCAGAGCAGCGGCAGCACGCUUGGCCAUGCGCACCAGUGGCUGACGGCGGCGCUGUCUCACGGGGGAGAGGGGUCGCCGUGGCCCGCCAGCCCGCUGAGCGAGCAGGACAUUAAGCCGGUGGAGGAGCUGCAACAUUCGCCGAGGCAAGCGCAUCUGGUGCAGCAGAGCCAGCCGCAUCACGAGGCGAGCGCUUGGCGCGCUACCACCAUGCCGAGCAUGAGCACCUCCAACGGGCAGAGCCUGAUCUACUCUCAGUCCGGGUACGGCGAGCCGGGGAUGCACCACGAGGAGCACCACAGCCCUCAUCUGAGCGAACACGGCCAUCCGCAGAGCCUGCACUCGGACGAGGAUACGCCGACCUCAGACGACCUGGAGCAGUUCGCCAAGCAGUUCAAGCAGCGCCGGAUCAAGCUGGGUUUUACGCAGGCGGACGUGGGGCUCGCGCUGGGCACCCUCUACGGCAACGUCUUCUCCCAGACCACCAUCUGCAGGUUCGAGGCGCUCCAGCUGAGCUUCAAGAACAUGUGCAAACUCAAGCCCCUGCUGAACAAAUGGCUGGAGGAGGCGGAUUCCACCUCGGGAAGCCCGACCAGCCUGGAUAAGAUCGCGGCGCAGGGGAGGAAGAGGAAAAAGCGGACCUCCAUCGAGGUGAGUGUCAAAGGGGCCCUGGAGAGCCAUUUCCUCAAGUGUCCCAAACCCGGGGCGUCGGAGAUCAACUCGCUGGCGGACAGCCUGCAGCUGGAGAAGGAGGUCGUGCGGGUUUGGUUUUGCAACCGGCGGCAGAAGGAGAAGCGAAUGACGCCCCAGAACGGACCGAUGGCCGGGAACGAGGAUGUGUACGGGGACGCCUCGCCUCACCACGGCGCGCAGACACCUGUUCCGUGAGAAAGGGGCGGCCUGAAACAUAAUCGACUGUCUCUUUGUCCCGGUCACAAGCCCGCUCGGGGCGGACCGACGGUGAUGAAGUGUCUCUGUGUGUGGCACCUCCGAGGGCGCGGAGAGAGCGCGCGUGGUUGCGCGAACAAUAUACGGGCGCGGGCGCCAGAAAACACGCUCUAAGGCGUUACGCGCCGCGGCUGAACCUAAAGAGGGAACGUAAAUAUUAUUUUAUUUAAGAGAUUUCUUUUCUUAAGUCCGGGGAUCUGUGAAAGCAUCAUAUCACUUCCAACCGAAAGCUGUGAAAAAAAAGGCGACAGGGGCGCGCCAUCUUCCCCUCAUGACCACAAAAGGUUUCUUACUGAUUUAAAUUAAUCCGGUGCAGUCUACUGUGCAUUCUCUUCCAUGUAUUAAUGGAAAAUGCUUCGUUAUCAUCAUUAUUAUUAUUAUUAUUAUUAUUAUUAUUAUUAUUAUUAUUAGUGUUUGCGUCACGAUCACAAAAGGUUUUAAUGCUGAUUAAAUUAUGUGUAUGCAUUUAUUUUGCCUUUAUAUAUUAAUAACAAUAAAUAACCUAAUAACAAUAGUAAUCAAAAUCAUAAUAAUAAACCGUAUAUCUAUUUAAAUAAAAAGAUAAAAAAUCCUAAUAUGAAAAAAUAACAACAAAAACAAUCACAUGUAUUAUUAUUUUAUCGUUAUUAUUAACAUCGUGCACAUCGAAAAGUAUCACUGUUGAAUUCAAACGUGAUCAAUUCUUUAAAAGUCUAAUUUCGGUCACAACAAAGGCUGCCAAGUGCUGCUGUGUGUGUCUUUCACAGGCAAAGCAGCCCGAUUUCAUGCAGAUCACGGAUUCACGCUGCUGCUGCAAAACAGAGGCCUGAGGAAACAGUACAACAGAGUGCUGUGGAUCAUAUCGAAAUUUCUAUUCACAAAAUAAAAUUGACGGAUGCCAGCUCUUUAUAAUUAACCACCCCGUUUGGGUUUUCUUAACAUUUUGAGUGAAUUUCUAUAAGCGUGCACCAAAAGCGUUUGUGCUUCGAGACGGUGGUUUGUUUAUUAAGAUCCUUCCUCCUCUCGGUUUAAAACGUGUUUAUGGGGUUAUUUAGCGUUUUCUAAUUUAGGAAAUUUAAAAGAAAACAAAACCGACUCGUAUAAUUCAUGCUAUUUUAUAUUUAAGAUAACAACCAAGCUUUUUUUAAUUUCAGUAAUUAAUGACGAGAUGCAAAACCGACACUGAUGACAAUAUAAUAAUAAUUAUUAUUAUUAUUAAAAGGCAAAUUGCUCUUGUUUGUAAUUAUUACAGCAACACCGUUCGAUGAUGAUGAUGAUAAUAAUAAUAAUAGACUGAUAGAGGCCAGUUAUUCUUGCCCAUAUUAUAGUAACAUUGUGUGAUUUUGUGCGUCAACUAAAUGUAUAAGCCUCAACAUGUUUGUAUCUGUUUGCUCUUUUGUGUUUUUUGUUUCUCCCAAAUUUGUCUCUUUUUUUCUUUAACGGGAAAUAUUACACCAGCUGUGUUACGCUGAUUUGAUGGCCUGCAUCGAAAAACAAGGACAUUGUGCGUCGAUUUUUCAGUUGACUUUUCUAUGGCUCUGUGAAUACUUGUAUAUUUGUGCACUUAACCUGGCACUGCCAAAGCACAAGCUGUCAGUGUGCCCUAUUGAGACCAGUAACGUCUUUGGUUUUGACAGAAAAAUUGCACAGUUUUUAAACGCCUUUUGUCAUUAAAUGAAUACGUUUUUUAUAUAAAGAAGUGCCUCUCAUCAAUGCGCGCGCCCCGCGCGUGAAGAUCCUAAAGAGAAAUGGAUUGACGAUUUCACACGUUAUUCGAGCGUCGAGGCUGUUCAAUAUAAUGUAGCCUCGGGAUGAGAUGAUGCUGUAGAUCCGUCGCAAUGCCUUCGCUAAGAUUUCUGUGUGACCGUGGAGGCAAAUAUUUGUCAAUUCUCCGCUCCUGAAAACGGAUUUGACCGAACGAGAUCGGAGACGUGCGUGAAUGUUUUGGGUUAUUCUGCAUCCAAUAGGAAAAUAAAUUUAAAAUACACCCAUGGAAACUAAAUAAUAAAACAUAUUGUAAUAAUAGCUUUUUUAAAAUGACUAAUAGAGACAAAUUCUAGCGUACUGCAUUAUAAUGCAGGCCCUUUUACGGACGGCUUUUUUUAUAAAUAGACUAUCAUCGGCCAUUUCUUUUUAAUCAGUUUAUCCUAUUGCUCCAUCAAUGCACACGUUCGGGAUGCCAGACGUCCGUUUUAUUUACUGUGUGUUUAUAAUAAUUAGUGAAUCAUGGGACCUUGGAAAUUUUCACUGCCUUGAAAAACUGCGUAAAAAAAAACGUAAAGCCGCAUUGUGUGUGUGUGUGUGUGUGUGUGUGUGUGUGUGAGAGAGAGAGAGAGAGUCGAGCAGCCAGGCUAUAUGCUGUGAGCGCCAUCUAUUGACUAUAAUGUGUUGGAGACAAGCAAUUCUUAGUGAAAUUGAGAUAUUACCGUUGUCUGUCUGUUUGCAUGCAUGUUCUGUUUAGUCAAAUAUCACAGCCAUAAAGUCAUGCAAUAUGAGCUCGGGGUGUAUUUUAUAAGUACAGCCUAUCGUUUGUAGUCACUCAUCUUGUUUAGUCUGGUGUCAGUGCAGGUGGUAGGCUAUCUGAAUAGAUUUGUGUAGGUUAUUUGGUAAGUAAAAAGUCCUAUUAAGUCAUUGCAUAUUGGUUGCGGAUCAUAUUAAUUUUGACUCCUGUAGCGUGAGUGUCAGUUGCGUUUGAGAAAAACGUGCUCAUCGUUGGAAAGUUAUUGUUUUGAAGCAGGUGGCGCAUAAAAAUAUGGAUUGCUUAGAAUUGAAUAACAACUUUAAAUCUGGAUUAAUUUAAAAAAAAUAAAUAAAUAAAACGUUGCGUGCUCUAAAUCUUACGUUGAAUUUCUAACAGUCUGGGACAGCAAAGUGUUCACCUUUUACUUUCCCAAAGCGGAAGCUCGUUAUGUUGAAUGUGUAAGACUUCCGUUUCAUUAGCCGCUAUCAAGUAAAAUAAUAGCAGAGUGCUGUAAAGUUUGCGUUGCGUCAGCGUGUUUGUGAUAAUGAUGAUAGUAAAUAAUAAUUACAAAUAGCAGUAUCCCAUUUUAAGCAGGAUAACACGGAUUGUUUUGGUAAGGGUGAAAUAGCUGGACCCUGAUAACACCGGAAGCCAUGCACAUUCACAAACCUCCGCUUCCGCUUUUACGUGAGAAAAAAAAUGGAUAUUGAAUAUUAAAUUAAGACAUUAAUAGCUACUUUAGAUUAUCUGAAUUAAUAAUUACAAUUCUACUAAUUACAUAACAAGCGCAAUAAAUUAUUAUAUAGGAAUAAUUUAGCAAUUUUUCUCAAAGCAAACAUUUGUGACAGACUACUAAAUCGGGCUAUCUAUUAGUAAAGAAUAUUAAGAGUUAAAGAAAGAACCCAGAAACCACACAACCAGAAACGGUUCAUUUAAUACAGCUAUAUUUCAUGAAAUAUUUUGAAUAUCUUCAACACAUUCUCCAGACGAUUUUGUUUCCUUUAUGUUACAGGGAUCAUUAGUUCAGGAACACAAUCCCUCCCUCCCCAAUAUUAUGUGUAGCCCAUAAUAAAUCCAUAAAUCCAACAGGGUCAUGAUAAA